CUUAACCUCCUCUUCUCUCUCUCUGCAGGGCCACUGAUGGUGAUUGUAGAGUACUGUAAACAUGGAAACCUCUCCAGCUACCUGAAGAGCAAGCGUGGAGAGUACAGUCCAUACAAGAGGAAGCGGGUGGAUAGCCAGAGGUGGGCAUCUGCAGAGGAGGAUGUGACUGGAGGGGAUCUGGGUCUGGGGAAGAUUGCCCAGCUGGACAUCUGCACGGGAACCGCUGUCUGCUCUGCAGCUGGAGACAAGGCUUCAGGCAGCAACCUGGACUCUCGGGAAGAGAGCUCAGACGAUGACCAUCUGACCAUGGAGGAUCUGAUAAGCUACAGCUUCCAGGUGGCCAAAGGCAUGGAGUUUCUGUCCUCUCGCAAGUGUAUCCACAGAGAUCUAGCAGCCAGAAACAUCCUGCUUUCAGAGAACAAUGUGGUGAAGAUCUGUGACUUUGGCCUUGCUAGAGAUGUCUACAAAGACCCUGACUAUGUCCGCAAAGGAGAUGCACGUCUCCCUCUAAAGUGGAUGGCUCCUGAGACCAUAUUUGACCGGGUGUACACCACACAAAGUGAUGUUUGGUCCUUUGGGGUCCUUCUCUGGGAGAUCUUUUCUUUGGGGGCCUCUCCCUAUCCGGGUGUUUGCAUCGAUGAAUCUUUCUGCAGAAGGCUUAAGGAAGGCACCAGGAUGAGACCCCCAGAAUACGCCACCACUGAGAUAUACCAGACCAUGUUGGACUGCUGGUUGGAUCGUCCUACAGACCGGCCGACGUUUGCAGAGCUGGUUGAACAUCUGGGCAAUCUGCUACAGGCCAGUGCUCAGCAGGACGGGAAGGACUACAUC